AUGCUCGCGCGCAGCGGCGGCAUCCUGCGAAGCCGCGGCGACGCGGAGUCGCUCAAGUUCGAGGUCUCCGCGGCGCCGCUGCGGAACUUCGCCAAGGACUUGGACCUGGUGCUCGACGCGGGCGCGGCGUGCCGCGUCGCGCUGCCGAGCGCGGCCCUCGCGCGCGGCACCGUGGCGCGGGGCCUCGCGGGCGGCUACGGCGACGCGGACUGGGCCGCCGUCGCGGGGACGUUCGGCGAGGUGUCCAAGGCCUCGCUCGAGCGCGACGCGGAAAAGUUGUGGGCGCCGGCCGCCGAGGCCGCGGACGUCGCGCGCGCGCGCAUCGCGGCACUCGUGGCCCGCGAGCCGCCGCUCUGCGUCGUCGACGACGAUCCGACGGGCACGCAGACGGUGCACGGCGUGGCGGUGUCGUCGAAGUGGGGCGCCGCGGACCUCGCGCGCGAACUCGCGGACGACGCCAAGUCGUGCUUCUACCUGCUGGCGAACACGCGGGCUUUAGAUGAAACCGACGCCGUCGCCCGCGCCGAGGCCAUCGGCGCCGGUCUGAGACCGCACGGCCCCGCGCACGUCGUCUCGCGGAGCGACUCGACGCUCCGCGGCCACUUCCCCGCCGAGGUCGACGCGCUCGCGCGGGGCCUGGGCUGGGACGACCCCAUCAUCUUCGUCGCGCCCGUCUUCUUCGAAGGGGGGCGCGUGACGUCCGGCGGCACGCACUACGUCCUCGGGCCGCCGAAUUCGGGCGGCGACCGGCCCGCGACGCGGGCCGGAGAGACGGAAUUCGCGCGCGACGCGGCCUUCGGCUACCGGCGGAGCGACCUGCGCGACUGGGUCGCGGAGAAGACGGACGGCGCCAUCCCCGCGGCGUCCGUGACGUCGCUCGACCUCGCGACGAUCCGCCGGGGCGCGGACGCGGUCAAGGCUCUGGUGCUACGAACGAUCGAGGCGUCCAACGGCCGCGUCGUCUUCGCCGUCGACGCCUUGGAGGAGCGCGACGCGCUCCUCGUCGCCCUGGGCGUCCACGAGGCGCGCGCGGCGCGGCCGGAGCUCUUUUCGCGGGGCGUGGUCUACCGCUGCGCGGGUUCGUUGGUCGCGGCGCUGACGGCGAUGCCGCAGAAGCCGCUCUUGGCCGCGUCCGAGCUCGCGUCGCCGGGCGCGUCGUCCCCGGGCGGGCUCGUCGUCGUCGGCAGCUACGUCGGCAAGACGACGGCGCAGCUCGAGGCGUUGAAGGCGCGGUGCGCCUGGCUCGACUUCGUCGAGGUCGACGUCGGCGCAUUGCUGCGCGAGGGCGACGCGUACGUGCGCGCGGUCGCGACGCGCGUCGACGUUUCGCUCGAAAGCGGCGGCAGCGUCGCCCUCUACACGUCGCGGGCCAAGGUCCAGGACGACGGCGCGGGCGGUUUGGUCAUCGGCGAGACGGUGAACAAAGCCUUAUGCGACGUCGUCGCGCGCGCGGCCGCGCGAAACCCGGCGUUCGUCGUCGCCAAGGGGGGCAUCACGUCCAACGACGUCGCCGUGCGCGCCCUCGGCGUCGAGCGGGCCGAGGUGCUCGGGCAGGUCGUGCCGGGCGUGCCGGCGUGGCGCCUCGGCGGCGAGACUAGGCUGCCCGGGUCGGCCUACGUCGUCUUCCCGGGCAACGUCGGCGACGACGGCGACCUCGCGCGCGUCGUCGAG